AUGUCGCUCUAUCCGCAUGAUUGUCUGGCUGUUGGGGAAAAAGAGCAGAGGGUAAGGAGGGGCGAGAAGGUGGUGGAAAAGAAGAGGAAGGGAGAUGGAAGGGGAAGGAAAGAAGAGAGAGAAAACGGGGAGGGGGACUGAACGUGGGUAGGAGGAGGUGGGGGGAAGAUAAGUGGCUAAUGGGGGAGAGAUGUAACUGGUUAUUCUAGAACCGAAAAGUGAAUUAUGCACAGAAUCUACCUAACUACUUCAAAAUUUAGUUGGAAAUUUGUAUUUACCUGCUAUGACAGCAUUAUAAUAAAAUUAUUUAUUUAUUUUGAGCUACAAACUGUCUACAGACGGUUCCGCUGUAAACACCGACUGAAAAAAGGGGAUCGAAAGUUAUACUUUUUGCUACCCUGCCGCUAACAUGUUGUUUAAACCAUUCUCGUCCCUAUGCUUCCUCUUACUGCGGAUAUCCCCUUUUGACUUCUUAUAAAAUAUGAUGGUUUCUGGCGUAAGUCAGCCAUCGAAAAGAAUAUUCAGCAACCUGCCUUUGCUUGCGGCAUUCAUCGAGUUGCUCAUAAUAUCCGACAAGUGAUGUGAUACUUUAAAUAUACAAGUGUAUGUUCCAGAAAAGAGACCGAAAAACGAAAAAAUUAUAUAUGACGCAAUGCUGAGAGUAGACAAGAGACGUCUUUCCUUAGUAAAGGGGGCCAUGAUGGGCGCAAUGUGAUAUAUGGUGAAAAUCUAAUCUGCUAAAAUUAUACAGGUUAUUCAUCCCUGAAAUUCAUAUGCAUAGCAAUCUCGUCCUAAGAAGCAUCCGCUCUAGAUUCGCCUUGUUUUCCACAUGUGGUAGCUUUUAAUUUAAUGCCUGAGAAAUUUGAAUAUGUGGCAAUAAUUGUUGCAAGUCAAUAGACUUUCACAAUAUCCCAUUUCACCGUUAAACCUAACAAUAGAGAACAGGGUAAACCCCCAAAAAAUAAUUCAAAUAACCAGAUGUUCAAACUUUCGGAGGCACCAGUUUUUCGCCAAUAUAUUACUUUUCCGGGAGUUUAAGCAUGGAGCUCUGUAUUUUGAAAACUACGUCACGGUAGUAAAUCCAGCUGUCAAUUGGUCACAAAACACGACCGUUAAAGAGGAUAAGCGUAUUCGAAACUCGUAUUUAAACAUAAAUAUUCUUAGGUUUCUAAAUUUCAACCUCGUAAUUUGUUAUCUUAUAAAAUAUGGCCAGUUCUGUUUCCGCGUUUGUCACAUUUUGGUGUGAACAAAUCAUCCCCCUGUCGUCGUGACGUUUUAAGUGCUUGUAGUCUGCUGAAGAUUAUCCUAUGCAACUUCGCAUUUUCUACUUGGCCCUACAUUCCACAGCUUGGGCAGUAAAUUCUGCUCUUUAUUUAUAACCUUGAACUCUGUAACUGGCCUAAGGAUGUUUUAACGUACUAUUCCACUGCUCUUUAGCGUGAGCCGCUCACUUCUACUUCCCGAUGUUUUGUAAGUUGUCAUCCAAUCUACAUUUCUGUAGCUGUAGACCACUUUCUUCCUUUUACACAGAGUAUUUACUCGAUACUAUAUCACAGCGAUUCGGGUAACGGUUGGCUAAGGAAUUUACGCUUUUCCCACAGGAUGUGUUUCAAACUGUUUUAUUUCACCUCUCAGCAUCUAUUCGGUACUCUGUCAACUUCUGGUUGGAAGUGAAGGAAACACAAGAGCUGAAAUUCUUCGCAUACUUAAACUUGAAGCGUCAGAGAAACUUGACGCAAUAAUUAAUUAUGUUUGUGAACAUAUCACAUUCAACUCAAAAGACGGGCAGGAAACAGGUACCACGCAGGCCAGUGGAAUUUUCUUGCAGUCUGGCCUUGGCAUAUUGGAUUCAUACUCUAAAAGUGUCCAAGAGCACUUUGGCGCUUCAUCAAUUGAGGUAAACUCCUCAAACUAUCCUUGAUAUACGUAUUUUAAAUUCAAAUUACAGGUUGACUACGUAAACAAACCAGAUGACUCACGUCGUGUAAUCAACCAGUGGAUCGAAAGUCGAACCAACGGAAAAAUCAAAGAGCUGCUGCCAGACGGGGCAAUUAGCAGUCUUACUAGGUUUGUUAUCGCAAGCGCUGUUUAUUUUAAAGGUGAGCACGUAUUAUAUCUAUUCAUGUUUAAAGGUAUUUGGAAGGAAAAGUUUGCGCCAGCAGCAACAACUUCCGGAAAAUUUUAUCCAUUAAACGGUCAGGAUAUGAACAUGCUUAUGAUGCAAUCUAGGAGGAAGCUUUUUUUCGCUGAGUUCAACGAAGAAUUGGGAGGUCGGGCCGUGCGUCUUCCGUUUGAACGGUUCGUCCAGUGUUCGGUUUCCUCUUUGCCGAAUCUAUUGAACUCCCUUAACGAAUUUCUCGUACAUCCACAUGUUGUCAGUAACUAUAAGCCUUCAUUUAGUGGUGGAGUUUGCGUUUGAGGUGAAUAAUUAACCGGUAUUUUCUCCAUCCUGUCUUCAUCGGUUUGUCCAAAUCUCUUGAGUUUAAAAAGGCAAACUAUAAGUCUGGGUGCCUUUGCUCCAAGCACCCGCUCUGAUAUUAACUUCAAGGGUAACACGAAUGCCAGAACUAGACUUUUAUAGACAGUUGGAAAGCGCUGCCAAAAGACACAUCGAAACUACUUUUAUCGUCCACUAGACGUAUAUAGAUUUAAAUAGUUGGGAGUCAUAGCGGUCUUGUGUCAGAACUCUGAACUUAGCGGACUCUCCAAGGCUGUUUUACAAUUUCUCAAUGAAUGAAUGGGCGUUAAAGCACUCAGUGUGGGAUCUUAUCCUCCAAACCAUGUUUCACUUAUUGAAACAAUAUUCCGAACCGAAAUCGAAUACAUGUAAUUGACUGAAGAGCAUACUUUCACCGGGACGAAGUGGACAGUUUUUCCGACAAAAGCCACCUUAAACGUUUUGGCAUAACGAACCUGUAACGGGUAUUUUGGAUAGCCUCAGACGACGAAUAGGUGCCCGACGGGUUCGGCUGACUUAUUGGCUAAAGAUAUUUUCUAUUUACCAGUAAAAGUGCAUUUAUUUUCAGAAGUAAUCUUCAUAAUGAACACGUACUUGAUACAGUCGCGACAGUUUCUUUACUAGCCGGCCUCGACGAUGCUGCGGAUUGUAUCUAUCCACACCCUCCUGAAGGUCAGGAGGCCACCUCCAUGUGAGAUAACUCCUUCAUCGCAGUUUCUUGUUAGGCAGCGGUAUCAAACACUGUCAGCUUUAUUGCUAUUUUUCAACGACUGUGAACCGUUUCUUUUGAGGAGUUUGUGUACGUUACUAAAUAACGUUUUUUCAGUCAGCGGUAGUCUAUUUACACCGUCUUAUAUUAUCGCAGUCCAGCAUUCGUUACCGUACAGAAGUAACCACACGGAAGAUUGCCAACACCUGCAGCAGCAUCGGUUUGAACGAUGAUAUCGUUCGUGGUCUAUCUGUCUAGCGGCCACUUCGCUCCCUCAGACAGAGAGCUACUGAUUAAAAAGUGUGUCUUUUUUGGCCAUGGGCGUUGUUCGAGAAUACUUUGAGUUCCGCGGCGUUAGUGAAUAAUCCGUUCAAUCAGGCAACUAAUGGGCAACUAACAUACUUUGCCCGUGUGGGGCGGAAUCACUAGAGCAAUCAAAGUCGAUCUGUCAGUGUUCUGGCACAGGUAACGUGCCAUCAAAGACGCGUUAUUUCCAUAAGGUGCCGUUUUUCCACAAGCAGUCAUUGUACUAAACUUGUGUUUGGUGCAGCCCUGACGAAACCCACGCCUGAUGAGCUCUAACAACGGAUCGGAGGGGAUCGAUCCGUACUUUACCUCAGCAACGACAACUGGACGUUUAUGAGCAGGAAUCUGUCCCCGUGUCUGGUUGGACGGUUUUGAGAUAACCUCUUAGUCGCUGUCCCCGAGUAAGCACAAGGGCCGAAUGAAUGGCAAUAACAUCGGGCUCUCGAGGUUUAUUUUCUUCGUCUCACUGAGGGCAAACUAUUUCAUUUUAGAAGAAAGUGAUAUACCUCGCCCUAGUAAAUAUUUUCAAAUACCGCAGCCAAGCGCCUCCAGUUUCCCAUUUCAAGCUGGUCAGAGAGGGAUAAUAGACACUGGUCAUAGCAAUGAUUCUUGCGGAUACACUGUCUGGCUCCAUUAUCCGUCAUGAUUAUCAGAAUCGAAAGCUGCAACAAGGACAGUCAUGCAAAACUGCAUGUGCUGUAGAAGGAUGGAAUUCCGCUUCUGAGUGGAAAACUUACCAGGAACAAAAGCAAAGCUGUCACUUCGACUCAGUUAUUCUUGUGAUCACAUCGCACGCACUUUAUGAUCAUUUUUCAGAGUCCGUAGUGCAUCUUAACUCGAGUUAUCUGUACAGACAGAGGUAAGGUCCUUGGACUAACCGCUUGAUUUUCGUACCAUCGAGUGAAUUGGAAAAUCCACCCACCAUUCUCGAAGAGUGAGGACGUCAUUGAUGCUCACUUCCCGGCUUUGUCUGCAACGAAGUCGCCAAUCAUAUCGUACACGAGGUCAUUCAGUGCAAUGAACCAGCAUAGUUGCAGCAAAAAAAACAAAAGUAGCCAAUAUCCCGGUUCGGUCAUUCCACCUACCGGCAACCAUCAGCUGAUCGGGGUGACGAAGUCUUUUAUCAGGUACGUGCAGUUGUGAGUGCAUCUUUACUGUGCUGGUAGGUAACUGGUUCUAUCGUGUGGACGGAAACGAUAGAGAUGUUAGUAAAGGUCUCCCUUUCAGACAGAGUGGGUUAGGCGUCCGUUUUGUCAUUAACAGAGAAGCCGCCGCCACCUGAUGUGAAAAAAGUGUAUUUAAUUCUUCCUCCAAUCUUUCCCACCCUUCAGUCAGGAAAUGAUCAUUGUGUUGCCCAAUUCGAACGAUGGACUCCCCGCUUUACUACAGAAAUUACUGGAGCCAUCCCAAGGACGGCUAUUCAGUGACAUCAUUUCUCGUGAUGUUUACCAUCAGGUGGAAGUUCGAGUGAGACUGCCGAAGUUCAAGCUAACGAAAGGCUGCAGCCAGGACUUGAAGAAAACUUUGUCCGCCCUCGGAAUGCCGUCAGCAUUCGAUGCCAGCAAAGCUGACUUCUCGGCAAUAACCGGUCACAGGGAUCUCUUCUUGUCUGCUAUGUUCCACAAGGCUGUGAUUGAGGUGUGUUUAAUGUUACUUUUAUAUUUUCUAUAUAUGCUACUUGUUUGUAGAGUAGGUAUUACGUGGUUAUUCCACUGUACUUGAUUGUCUUCGACUCAAAUUUUCGUUGAAAUUUCGGGUCUGACUGUAAAAGGUUAAAUCCCGCAGGCUUAACCCCACGUUUUGCACUGAAAGUGGUAGUCCAGUAGCUUCAUCGCGUACGUCUUCAUAAACGCUUUUCCCUCUUCGUCCUACCUUUCCUCUAGUAGGUUAUUAACGACCCGCAGGGUCAAUUCUUCAGGUAUGGAGGUGAUUAUAGAGACGACGUCAGAAGAUACCAUUAUCUCGUCGAGAGCUAUUACGACGCCUCUGAGUUUUUCCUGGAAGUGCUUUGAAGAUACGGUUGUGUGUUCUGAGCCGUCCGUUAGCUUCUCCAAAUGCUUGGCAAGCCAUUUAGCCAGUCCGUAGGUGGGUGUGCCUUUCAACGCCACAAUUGGUCGUAGAGGCACACCUGGUUUGUAGAUUUUCGACAAAUCAUUGAAACGCGCUAAGGCAGCAUCAUGUGGUUCCAUCUGUCUCAAAUCCUUUUCUGAUAUUACCCUUUGGUUAUUUAUUUGAUCCAGGCUCCUAUUGGUUUUGUCUACCAGUGUGUUUAUGGGGUCAGUGUCGACGACCAUAUGACUGGUUGUCAUUUAACAGCUUCCGAGCUUUUGCCGCGUACUCUGGCAUGCGUAAGACUACGGUUGCCCGCCCUUCGUCCGCCGGAAUAAUGACAAUUUCUUCGACCUUCUUUACAUAUGCAUAUAUAUGAAUAACGGAAGUAGUUUGUAUUCCGAGACGAUAUAAUAAAAGGAGAAGGGUCGUCGGAAAAUCGAGAUAUACUCGUGAAUUUUCAAAUCCGUUACACCAACCAUAUAUGCAUGCACACACUGGACACUGAACACAAAUUUGCAUUGGAGAACACUCGCAUUGUUGGCGCCUGCCCAAUAAGGAAAGGCCGCGAAUUCCUGGAGGCAAUGCACUCCAUGCAUCAAUCGGCAUAUUGAUUCAGAUGUCGCAUACAACUUUCUGAAGGACAAAUGGAAGCGAGCGCAGCCAGUGCCAAUGGGAUGACGAAAAACCAUUGGCGCAGGCUUCGGCCAACCAUAGAAUCACUGGUUCGACACGGUUAAAUAGUUAACUGUUUUUGUACAUAACCCAAAAGUCUGACGACGAGCUGGCGAACCAGACUCGAAAAUUUACGCAUUAAAGGUUAUUCUCUUCCCAAAGAAUCUUACUUAUUUUUAAUUAAAUUUCUUGGGAUUCCCGUUUUCCAGCACAUAUAUAUGGGUUCGAGUGAGAAUCUGAAACAUCAGGCCAGUAAACAUUUUGUCCCAGUGAUGGCAACUUCUUUUUCUUCUGUUCUCAUGCAUUCUAAAUUGUGAGCCAGCCGGGUAGCUGGACGCUCAUUGGUCAGGUCACGGAACAUGCUUGUUCCGUUGUGCCUUGGGGCUCAUAUAAGAGCCCUCGCAGGUAGUCGCACACCGACCAGUAGUGGAAGUAAUUGAGAUGAUACCGACAAAGACAAGGGAAACCGAAAUUGCUAUUUCUGGCUUAUUAACCGUCAUCAGCCAGUCAUACCUAACCCAAAGUGUGGAUCACUGGGGAACCAGACUCGAACAUUUACGAAAUAAAGUUUGCUCAUUUUCCCAAAGGACCUAUUCUUCUUCGAAAUAUAUAUAUAUAUACAUGCAUAUGCAUAUAUAAAGAUGACGAAGAGUCCUUUCUGCAUUCAAUUUUGUUCCCUCUAAUGCCCCUCUAUCGUUUUAGGUGGACGAGAGCGGUGCGGAGGCCGCUGCAGCCACCGCAGCCGUUGCAAAUACACGAUGUAUGCCCAUAAAUAUGCCGCAGGAUUUCAUCGUGGAUCAUCCGUUCCUCUUCUUCAUCAUCAGCGAGACCGGACUGCCAAUCUUCAUGGGUCAUGUCGUUGAGCCUGAGUCGAACAGCUAG